UUUACCUUAAGUAAAAUCAUUAUAUAUGUUUAGUUGCCACUAAAAUGAGUUUUAUUCAGUGAUUACCUUUGUAUUUUUAAUGAAGUGUUCUUCUGGAAAUGAGACCAUUUGGUAGAUAGCUGCAAAGGGCCAGGAUGAAAUGAAUUUUUGCAAACUGGAAAUUUAUUUGCUAUUAGGGAUUGACAACAGAUACCAAAAAUAAUUCUUUUUGCCUGAUUAAAUAUGAUAAUUUUGAUUACUCUUAUUUUGAAUUAGAAGUCAAUUUCCCAAUGUUUCUGUCAUAUUUUCUACCUUAUCAUUAAAACCAAUUCCUUGAGCACCCCAAAGGCUUAAGUCUUUCUCUUUGGAAACAUGUGCUCUCCACAAUAUUAUUCAAGGAAAUUUAUUGUUCUCCCAUGGUUUAUAAGGUCAAUAUCAGAAUUAAUGAAUAAUAACAUCUUAACCUUAAGCAUUUUACAUCCAACAACAUCCAUACUCAAUGUGCAUGUGUAGUGGUGGUUCUAAAAUCAAUGUUGUGAAUUCCUCAUUCUUGUUCAACUAAAGUAUGGUGCUGCUCUAGCUAAAGUUUCAAGGCCUCAUGUAUGGAACGGCUCGGUUAAACCUAACUGCAGCAUCUUCAAGGACUAUUAAGUCCAGGAUGACUGUUUCUGCAGCUCCUCCAUUUAGAUGUUCAGAACAUGCAGAGAAACAGAAGGAGUUUUAUUCAAAAUUAGAGGAGAAACAUAAAGCAAUGGAAGCUGAGAAAAGCCAGAGUGAAGCAAGGACCAAGAUCUUAAUAUUUGAAGGAAGACAUAGAGGUGGUGGUCAAGCCAUUCAGAAAGAGUUUAUCUUUUAUGGGGAACCCAAUGCGAAGCUUCUACCAUGAGGGACUACCAUCAAAAGCUGACCUGAGAAAGGUAUUGCAUGGUUUUGUUUGUUCUUCUUGUCAUAUGAAAGUUUAGGAUUCUGAGAUGCCAUGCAAACCACUUUCUCCACAAAGCUGCUGAGAAAUUUUGACUUUUUAAUUGAUGAAUAGAAGCAUAAAAGCAUAAGUGUAGGGUUCAUCUAUUACAAAAUUAUUUUCUCCUAUA